CACUUUAUUUUUAAAGAUAACAUUAUACCACAGUGAUUUAAAAUUCUCUAUUCUGAUUGGUCAGCCAUCAUGAAGGCGUUUUUAAAAAAAAAAAAAAUUGUAGCCAUGGUACAUUUCUGAGGUAUCCUGUGAUAGCGGAUGUGCUUUUAUAUUAAAACUCUGACGCAGUAACAGUGGCUCCGCUUCAACCUGUCACACCGUCAGUCAUUAUUUUCCUAAAGCAGCACGGCACAGACUGUUUUAUUCCUUAUUCAGAGAUUUAAAAGAUACUGUGGAGACAGGAAGUCAGGGUACGGAUUCGUCUCGGAGUUUGGUGCUACAGAGAGAGAGAGAGAGAGAGAGAGAGAACGACUGGGUCUCAUCACUGCAUGUGUGUUCAUGCUGAGACCUACACAAAGGUGCCAUUUACUUUUCUGCUCCUUACCUGAUCUAAGAGGUAUAGGAUCCAGCAUCACCAGCAGAUCCAGCAUCACCAGCAGAUCCAGCAUCACCAGCGGUUCCAGCAUGACCAGUGGUUCCAGCAUCACCAGCAGUUCCAGCAUGACCAGUGGUUCCAGCAUCACCAGCGGUUCCAGCAUGACCAGCGGUUCCAGCAUCACCAGUGGUUCCAGCAUGACCAGCGGUUCCAGCUUCACCAUCAUGACCAGCAGUUCCAUCUUCACCAGCGGUUCCAGCAUCACCAGCUGUUCCAGCAUGACAGCCGGUUCCAGCAUGGCCAUCGGUUCCAGCAUCACCAGCGGUUCCAGCAUGACCAUCGGUUCCAGCAUCACCAGCGGUUCCAGCAUCACCAUCGGUUCCAGCGUCACCAUCGGUUCCAGCAUCACCAUCGGUUCCAGCGUCACCAUCGGUUCCAGCGUCACCAUCGGUUCCAGCGUCACCAUCGGUUCCAGCAUCACCAGCGGUUCCAGCAUGACCGUCAGUUCCAGCUUCACCAGAAGUUCCAGCAUCACCAGCUGUUCCAGCGGUUUUAACAGCUGUUUGCGUGACUUAUUCACCGCGUUAUUUAGAACGAUGGUGUUUACACACAAACUUCCGAUCUGAGAAAUAAAAGACAAGGCUGCUAUCGUUUAUGUUCUCGAGACGUUCCUGCGAAUAAGCGUAUGCGGUAAAAUAAAAAGGCAGGAAAAAAAUACAAAAAAAAAACAAAAACAAACAUGAGCUGCAUGUAAUAUCUGUCUGAUUAGAGCAGCACGCCGUGAUUGCUAUCAAGUGGCCAUCAGAGCCACUUCCACACGCAGCAGUGAAUGAGUAAAUGGAUAGCGCAGGAGUGGCAGGUGCUUCAAUUACAGCACAGACGAAUCCACCUGCAGGGAAAUAUUUUUGUGCUUUAUUUAUUUAUUUAUUUAUUUUUAUACGACGAGGUCCCAGCUGUACAAAUCAAAACCACAAUUAAAAUCAGCAUCAGA